AUGUCGGGGGUUCCACAGGCGGUGCCGCCGGAGACGGCGACCGAUGCACAGGGUAAUCCGCUGCUUGUAGCGGUGGAUCGCGACGAACUCUUUUCCUUCAGCGUAGACGCAACGACGAAGCGCGUGCAUACCGACGCGCAGGAUGUCCACUUGCUGAAUUUGAUCGUCAACUGGCUGCGGAUGCUUCCGCCUCAGGCGCCGUGCCCCCCGCCUCCGAACAUUUUGCAGAAGGAGCUCUCCGAGGGCAUUGCUGAAGAGAAGGCGAAGGGCAACGCCGCGUACCGCAAGAAGGACUAUGAGACGGCCAUCAAGCACUACACGCUGGGCAUCGCUCUGAUCACGAGCCGGCCCAUGUGGGAAUCAAGCUCGAUAAUCGCAGAUGAACUCACUGUCAUGCUCGCCAAUCGCAGCGCCGCGAUGCUGGCCUGUGAGGCCCACAUCGAGGCGCUGUGUGACGCCGAUGCCGCCGUCAAAAUCAAGGGCGCAUGGGGCAAGGGCCACUUUCGUAAGGGCAAGGCACUCGCCGCCCUCCAGCGCUACGAAGAGGCUCGCGCGGCCUUUGAACUCGGCCACCAGUGCGAGCCCGACAAUGAGGACUUUCUCCAGGCCAUAGCAGCACUGCCAUAA